GCCCGAGUUCGAAGUUUCGUCACAUCCAGGGUUCAGUUCUGCAUCGGGACACUCACAUCACUAACCUGCGCGGGCUUCACCUGACCACCCCAGGAGAGUGUGAUGGAUUCUGCGCCAAUGGGGAGCGUGUGGCGGUUCCUCUGGCCAUCGCCGGUGGGCAGAUCGCCGUGUUUGAGUUGUCCCAGCCUGGAAAGCUGCCGGACACAGCUCUGCCCACCAUCCAGAACUCUGUCAAUGUGGCCGACUUCUGCUGGGACCCCUUUGACCCUCACAGGCUGGUUGUGGCUGGUGAUGAUGCCAAGAUCCGCGUGUGGCAGAUUCCCAAAGGAGGCCUGCAGGAAACCCUGACGGAGCCGGAGUGUGUCCUGCGGGGACACACUGAGAAGAUCUACUCUGUCAAGUUCCACCCACAUGCAAUCGGUCUGCUGGUGUCGUCAUCAUAUGACCUCACUGUCAGACUAUGGAGCCUGGAGACUGGAGAACAGGUCAAACAGCUCAGCGGACAUCAGGACCAGAUCUUUGGCAUGGCUUGGAGUCCUGAUGGGAAACUGCUGGCCACUGUGUGCAAAGAUGGAAAAGUGCGUUUGUAUGACCCACGCAAGUCCACCUCACCCAUCCAGGAGGGCCCGGGACCUGAGGGCCAGAGAGGGGCCCGAGUAGUUUGGGUCUGUGGUGGCAAGUUCCUGAUGGUUUCAGGAUUCGACAGUCGCAGUGAAAGACAGCUGUACCUGUUCUCCGCUGAGUCCUUGGCAUCCGGGUCUCUGGCCUCUGCUCCUGCUGAUGUGUCUCCCUCGACCCUCAUCCCAUUCUAUGAUCCCGACACCAGCGUCCUCAUCCUUACUGGGAAGGGCGACACUCGGGUUUACAUCUACGAGAUCGUGCCUGAAGCGCCGUACUUCAUGGAAUGUAGUAGUUUUAAUUCCUCCGAGCCACACAAGGGUUUGUGUUUCCUUCCGAAGACUGAAUGUGACGUUCGUGAUGUGGAAGUGGCUCGAGCCGUCAGACUCGGCAAGACCACCAUCGAACCUGUGGCCUUCAGAGUGCCUCGUGUGAAAAAAGAGUUUUUCCAGGAUGAUGUUUUCCCGGAUACCGCAGUGUGGUGGGAAUCAUCUCUGAGUGCCGCUGAAUGGCUCUCUGGAUCUGAUGGACAGCACCGCAAAAUCAGCCUGCGGCCCAAAGACAUGACGCCCGUGAGUGAAGCACCUAAAGAAGCUCCUGUGAGGAAAUACCUUCCCUCAUCUGUCUAUUUAGAGGAGAAAACUGAUGAACAGAAGAAAGAGGAGUUGCUCAGUGCAAUGGUGGCGAAGCUGGGAAACAGGGAAGAUCCUCUGCCACAGGAGUCUUAUGAGGGAGUGGAUGAAGACGAGUGGGACGAUUAGCACACAAGCGUUUCCUGAUGGUCCAGUCAGGGUGCCAACAGCAGACAGGAGAUGAUGCUGUCCUGCUGCUUUAAACUUGCCAUUCCAGGGUGCCAAAAAACCUCCUAAACGCUUCAUCUCUACACUCCUCCAUCCAUCACAUCUCUAACUGGAGUACUAAUAUCUCCUAUUAAUCUUUAAACAUGACUUUUAAUAUUCAUACGCACAGCUCAGACGUUCAUCUCAGAUGCAUGAAGCACAUUUACAGUACGACAGGGUUUUUUCUGUGAUGUUUUUACCGAUGGCCAUCAGUCUCGCACUGCAUGAAAUCUUUCUGGAUGUUGUCACUCAUAAAAUGAGCACUUAAUACCAUCACAUGUGUGUUUUACAUUGAUAUUGUGCUAAUUUGUGGGAUUAAAUGUUGCCUUCUUUAG